AUGGAGAUCGACAGCGCAGAAACGAAGACGAUAUCUCGGAACAACACACACGAUAAUGGCGCCGUCCAGGUGAAGCAGCGUACGGCCCUCGGCCCGCGAGAGGAACGCGAGAAGCGCGAGAAGCUCGAGAGGAUCCGCCGGCAGAGGGAGGCGAACAAGGCGUACGGCCGCGGCAAGAGCGUCAACGUCAAGAACAUCAAGGACAAGAAGCUGCGCACCAAUCUGUCGCGACUCGAGAACAAGUACCGCGAUGCCGCCAACAAGGCCAAGGAUGCCGAGAUCCUGCUCGAGAACACUGGCGGGUUCCUCGAGGCCGAGACGGAGCUCGAGAGGACGUACAAGGUUCGCCAGGACGACAUUAGCGAGGGCGUUGCUGUUUCGACAGCCCAGAAGCGCUUUGAGCUGAAGCUUGAGGAACUUGGGCCGUAUCUGGGCGAGUACACUCGUAACGGAAGGGAGCUGCUGCUGGCCGGUCGCAAGGGUCACGUCGCGACGUUCGACUGGAGGGAAGGCAAGCUGGGUUGCGAGAUCCAGCUUGGUGAGACGAUUCGAGAUGUACGGUGGCUUCACAACAACCAGUUCUUCGCUGCUGCGCAGAAGAAGUAUACCUACAUCUACGACAGGAAUGGUGUCGAGAUCCACUGCUUGAGGAAACAUACGGAGGUCACGCAUAUGGAAUUCCUUCCGUACCACUUCCUCCUCGGUACAGUAGCGGCGACUGGCUGGCUCAAGUACCAGGACGUUUCCACCGGCAACAUCGUCGCCGAGUAUCCCACCAAACUCGGCCCUCCGACAUCGUUGACCCAGAACCCUUGGAACGCCGUUCUCCAUGUCGGUCAUCAGAACGGUACGGUCACUUUGUGGUCACCCAACCAGUCAGAGCCUCUCGUCAAGCUGCUGGCUCACAGAGGCCCUGUGAGGUCAAUGGCCAUCGACAGGGAAGGUCGCUACAUGGUCUCGACCGGUCAGGACUGCAAGAUGGCCGUCUGGGAUAUCAGAAUGUUCAAGGAGGUGAACAGCUACUUCACAAGACAACCCGCGUCAUCGGUGGCCAUUUCCGACACCGGUCUUACGGCUGUUGGCUGGGGAACCCAAACCAGCAUCUGGAAGGAUCUUUUCAAUAAGAACGAUCCCGUCCAGCAGAAGGUGCAGAGCCCCUAUAUGGCGUGGGGUGGCGAGGGCAAGCGCAUGGAGCGGGUGAGGUGGUGCCCGUUCGAGGAUGUUCUCGGCAUGGGUCACGACGAGGGAUUUUCGUCCAUCAUCGUUCCCGGCGCCGGAGAGGCCAACUUCGACGCCCUGGAGGUCAACCCAUUCGAGACCGCCAAGCAGAGACAGGAGGCCGAAGUCAAGGGACUGCUGAACAAGCUCCAGCCCGAGAUGAUUGCCCUGGACCCCAACUACAUUGGCAACAUCGACCUGAGGUCGGAGAAGCAGCGUCGGGAGGAGAAGGACUUGGACUCCAAGCCCCUGUCAAUCGAAGAGGAGAUCCGCAAGAGGGCGAGAGGUAAGGGCGGCGCUUUGAGCAAAUACCUGAGGAAGCAGCGCAAGAAGAACGUCAUCGACGAGAAGAGAAUGAAGGUGGACGCUAUCUGGGAGGAGCGACAGAAGGCGAGAGAGAGGAAGCACCAGGAAGUCGAGGCGGAUCUAGGCCCGGCGCUUUCGAGAUUUGCGCGCAAGGAAUAA